CGUCGUUCGAAAGUCUUAAUCGGCAAAAAAUUCGGACGAGUGCAGCCUAGAAUACCGGAAAACAAUAAUUCGGAUGUCAUUAUUUUUAGGUGUGGGAACCAAUUCGGAUGCAGCCAAUAAUAUAUCAUUAUUAUUAUCAUGUCGUUUAUAAUAUAUAUGCGAAGCAGUUUUGUCUUUGACGCGGUGAAAUCGAUCGUCAAACCGCCGACGACAGUUAUUCUGUAUACCGCAGUUAUAACAGCCGAAGUAGUAGUACUAUGGUAGUAGUAGUAGAAGCAGUACUGUUACACUCUACUUUCACUGGCGCAACACCAAAACGGGUAUAACGACGAUAGCUUUCGACCGAUCGUCCGCGACUCGGGCCAGUGUGAUAAACUCGCGAGCGGGCACGUCGCAAAUACAUAUUUUUUUUCCUUGAUAUUCGCGCGGGCAACGUUUUCCCAUCGCGUCUUCGUCGUUGGAAAAAUCGAAUCGGAACACGUCCGCAUAACCCAUAUACCUACCACGGUCCAUAACGUCAAAAACCGCGGUGACCGGAAGUCGCCGAUUUCAAUAGUAUUAUUGUACGCAGUGCGAAAACCACAGACUGAAGCAGAUCUCCACCACCGGCGUCAUGAAUACGACCACUGCGACCUUCGUCUGGAUUGCCCUGUAUUGCUGCUGCUGCUCGUCGUUCGCCAUUCCGGUGCCCGACCGACGACUUCGGCAGACCGACCGCGUCACCUCCGAUCCUGUGGCGCCCGACCACGCCGCUGCCGAUGCGUCCGACCAACCAUUCGAUCCGACGCUGGACGCCUUAGCGGACGCCAAGUACGACGAACCCGCCGCCGACAACGAGAACAAAAACGGCGGAACCGAGGAUAGGGAGAAGCGACAGUUGUCCUUCGUCCAGGGCAAGCUGUUGAAUUUUUUGAAACCGUUACCGGUGGUCGAUGUGACUAAAGAAGAUGAGAAAUAUGGCAACGACGGUGAUAAGUUUAACAGAAUCGGAAGAGGUAUUAUCGGCGGCGUGGAAUCCGUGUCCAAUAUGCUGACCUCGGCGCUUUCGUUUCCAGUGGAUACCGCGAAAAAAUUAUCCAGGUCAGCUACUGAAAUAUUAAACAAUUUAGGUGGAAGAUUAAUAGGACUACAAUGAUAACGUAAAUCUGUUAUAAACAGUAUCUAUACAAUAAAUGUGUAAUGUUGUAUUUAGUUUUAACUCUUAAGAUGUGUUAUGACUUGUGUAUUAAACAAUUUUUAAAUGUUUAAAACAAAUUAAUAUUCACCAUAUAUAGAAAUUAGACAUAGUAAUUAUUAAGAUAAAUGAUUUUUGAAAAUAGAGAUUAAUGUUGUUUAGCAAUCCAUGAUAUAGUUUUUGUACAUACCUUUUUUAUUUUUAUUAAUUUUAUUUUACAGAUAUUUAGGAAAAUAUUUCAUAUAAUAUUUUGUAAUCCACUUCGUUUAAAAAAUAAAAAUAAACUUAAUAGUUAUAAUCUAUGUAUUUUUUCAAUACAAUCUGCUUUAUAAAAAUUGUAUAAUAUUAUUAUAGUACUUAACACUUCUUUUAAUACCAGAUGUUUAAGUCAAAAUUUGUCUUGUAUUGGAAAUAAAUUAUUAAAUUUAGAGAAA